AUGGAAAUAACCAAAUUCGUCCUCGAAGGACGAGACGAGGCUAAGCUGUUUGGUGAUUCUUCUGCUUAUCGAACUCGUCUUUCAAAUCGCAUUCACACCUUGAGAAAGAAGCUUGGAAUUACCACAAAACCCCGCGCAAAGUACUCAAACAAGCCUGUAACUGCGGAGGAUAUUAGUCAAAGCCAUGAUUAUAUCCAUCUCUUAUUACUCACCUCCGAAAGAGCUUGGGCGCAUGCUAUGUCAAUGAAAGAGAUGCACACUGUCGAUACAAAAGGAAUAACUGGCUCAACUCGAUCGCACAUUGUUUCUCGAUUACACAAAGCUACGAUAUAUGCCAACGAUCUUUUUCGAUUACUGUCCGAUAAAUCGACCACCAAUGCGAACGAUGUCGAUAUAUUGGAAGCUAGAGCAUAUGCUGCUGCUCUCGCUGGAGCAAUGGAAUUCGAGAAGCAAAGUUGGGAGGCUUGUGUGAAGAGAUACGCUGAGGCUAGGAUUAUAUACACUGCACUUUCUAAGGUCACCAAAGCGGAUAUCUUCAAGGAUCUUUUGACCGACCCUGUUGAUCCCAGUAUACGAUACGGAGCUUAUAAGAUGGGGCUGCCUCGAACACUAGCUAUUUCUGCCAUUGCACGCAAGAAUUUCCCUUCGGAAGAUCAAGAGUUGACAAGCCAGGUGGAAAAGCUAGACCCCCAUUGUUUGAAAGACGAAGGAACAUUGUCAGAAGUUGAAAGUCUGGAAUCAGAUGGGACAAUCAAAACUAUUGUCUGGCGAUCCCGGACAGUGGUUUUAGAGGAUGCGGCAAUCGCUACUGCCCUUGGGUCAGUAAAAGCAGCUACGACGAAACUAUCCGACGCUCUUUCGUCAUCCAGUCCUAAGGAUAGGGGUUUCGCUUACGACGAUAUUUUAAUCGCUAGUCAAGAGGUAGUAGACGCUACGAAGCAUGCUAUUGACGAGCUAGUUUCGGAAGGUGUUGGGCAAGGCGAUAAGCGAAUGCAGAGCCUAUUAGUGACUAGGACCGCUGUUAGCUAUGAUAUGAUUGGCUGGCGUAUAGGCAGAAACAGAGUCAUGGUGGGGCAGCAAGACGGUAUUAUCGACUACGUUCAAUCAUUUCCCGCGGAGAAGGGCAAGAGAUCCACCAAAGAUGAGCCUAUAGGACGUAAACUCGCAAAAUUACGCGAGAAGGUUGUCCUCUAUGACGCAAUCUUGCAAAGUGUCGAGUCAAUUAGCGAGCUUCCAGGCGUUGCAGCAGAUUCUAGUCUACAAGAAGAGCUAGAUGCAAAAUAUAGCUAUUUCCAAGCCCUUAAAUGUUUGAUCAUAGCCCGCUCUCACGCAAUCCUUUCAAAUCCUAAAAAUGCACUGGCUCUCUUGAAUCGCGCAGCAGAAAAGUGCGCAGCUGCCCACUCAAAGCUCUCCUCUUCAAUGGACACAACGACCACAGAUAGUCCACCUAAUUUAACCGUCUCUCCCUCUCAAACCGAAAACCUCCUUGCUUAUCUUCAAUGCGAACUUCAACGCUACCGCGCCUUAGUCGAGAUAUCUAAUCUCACCUCGACUACCCCUAAACCAGGUGAUGAAAACGUACAACAAGUUCCCCUAGUUGAACGUCUCCAUGAGUACCCAGCCGAUGGAGUUGUUGAUCUCAAGAAUCUCGUAAACUAUCCUCCAAAGCUGGAAGUUGUACCUGUCAAACCACUAUUCUUCGAUUCUGCGUGGAACUAUAUUGAUUACCCAGGAAGAACAACCGAGAAAGCUGCUGAAAAGGCUGCUGUGGAGGAAGAAGUGAAGGAGACAGAGCCGGAGGAACAACAGGAGCAGCACCAACAGCAGAAGAAAGGAUGGUUCGGCUUCGGUAGAUAG